UCCCACCUUCUACCCAGCAAACAAACAAAACAGCAAUAAAAAGAUCAAACGAGCUCAACGACUCACUCACCUCCGGUCCCGCGAUCACACGCGAGCGCCCGAGCGAGCAAUGGCGGCCAAGGUGGCGGCGCCGCUCGCGUUCCGCCGCGACGUGCGCGGCCCGCUCGGCCGGCCCUGCCAGCUGGGCUCCCGGAGAGGGCUACAGGGCGCGCUGUGGUGCAGCAGUGCUGGCGCCGGGGGAAGCAGCAGGCCUGCGGCGCCGGUGUGGCUGGCGCGCGCGCGGGGGAGGAACAGGUCCGCCGGCGGGCGGAGCUCGACCAAGGACGAUGCGGAGGAGGACGACGAGGCGACGGAGGUGGUGAUCGUGGACGGCGGGGAUCAGGAGGAGUUCGCCGCCGACGAGCUGUCCGGGUUCAGGGGCCUGGUUCUUGAUAUCUCCUACAGGCCUGUCAAUGUUGUUUGCUGGAAGCGCGCGAUCUGCCUGGAAUUCAUGGAGAAGGCCGAUGUACUGGAGUACUACGAUCAGACAGUCUCUUCGCCUAGCGGAUCCUUCUACAUCCCUGCAGUUCUAAGGGUUCCGCAGCUCCUGCAGGUAGUGAAGAGAAGAAGAGUCAAGCAGAGCCUUAGCCGUAAAAACAUUCUUUUCAGGGAUGAAUUCACCUGUCAAUAUUGCUCUUCUGGGGACAACUUGACUAUUGACCAUGUUAUUCCUAUUUCACGUGGCGGUAAAUGGGAAUGGGAAAAUUUGGUGGCUGCCUGUUCAAGAUGCAACUCCAGGAAGGGUCAGAAGACAUUGGAGCAGGCGAACAUGAAGCUGCGCAAGAUACCCAGGGCGCCCCAGGAGUACGACAUUAUGGCUGUGCCCUUGACAAAAUCCGCAUUCAGGACGCUCAAGAGGAGCCAGGGGUUGCCUGAAGUGUGGCUGCAAUACCUCGCCAGGCCAUCUCCAUAAUCAGGAGCUCCAGACCUGAUCAACCAGCCAUCUCGUUGUAUAUUACUAGGCACGCACAGCCAAAACACUCAAUUAUCUGCUCCAUCAUAACUUCUGUACAUGUCAAUAAUUCGCACUUUCGCAGUAGUAAAACAUCAUACUGACUAAUAUAUCAUGCCCCCAUUCCAUGGCAACUUCUGUACAUGACAAUGGUCAGCAAUAAAGGCUCACAGAACUGUUUGCAA